AUGCCUCAUCGCGCAGCGUCGCCAGCGGCGUCCGAAAAUGAGUUCGAUAUCACAAAUGCUCUUUUCCAGAAUGACAGCGAUUCCGACAACGAUACGUCUUUAAAACAGACAAAGCGGCCACAGAAGGCGGCUCCACCUCAAGCGCUUGAUUUCCUUGGAGGAGAUAUUGACGACGACGAAGAUGACGAGGCAUUCAUCGCAGGGCAACAGGCUUCAGCCAACAGGAAGGCUUCUAAUCUUAAAGGUCGUACCGUCAAAAAGGGAGGUGGUUUCCAAGCAAUGGGAUUGAAUGCGCACCUGUUGAAAGCCAUUACCCGGAAGGGUUUCUCUGUUCCGACUCCUAUUCAGCGCAAGACUAUUCCCGUGAUUAUGGACGGUCAGGAUGUAGUUGGUAUGGCGCGUACUGGAUCCGGAAAGACCGCUGCUUUCGUUAUUCCCAUGAUCGAGAAGUUGAAGAGCCACAGUACCAAGGUUGGAGCCCGUGGACUAAUUCUAUCGCCGUCCAGAGAGUUGGCUUUGCAGACCCUGAAAGUUGUGAAGGAGCUUGGAAAGGGCACGGAUUUGAAGUCGGUUCUUCUCGUUGGUGGUGAUAGUUUGGAGGAACAGUUCAGUUUGAUGGCCGGUAAUCCUGAUAUCGUGAUUGCGACACCCGGACGUUUCCUGCAUUUGAAGGUCGAGAUGAAUUUGGACUUGUCGAGCAUUCGUUACGUUGUGUUUGACGAAGCUGAUCGAUUGUUCGAGAUGGGGUUUGCUGAUCAGCUUACGGAAAUUUUGUACGGCCUUCCUGCGAACCGACAGACUCUGUUGUUCUCUGCGACGUUGCCUAAAUCGCUGGUGGAAUUCGCCCGUGCUGGCUUACAGGAGCCUACUCUUAUUCGUCUAGAUACCGAAAGUAAGAUCUCGCCGGAUCUUGAAAAUGUCUUCUUCUCCGUCAAGUCAUCAGAGAAGGAAGGUGCUUUGCUUCACAUCCUCCACGAGGUCAUUAAGAUGCCCACUGGCCCGACUGAGGCUGCGCAGCGUCAGAAGGAGCAGGGUGAUGGCAAGAAUUUCAAGAAUUUCAAGAAAAGGAAGCGAGGGGAUGACAAGGCCAUCAAUUUUCAGGAGUCUCCCACAAAGUAUUCGACCAUUGUUUUUGCGGCGACGAAGCAUCAUGUGGAUUACUUAUAUUCUUUGCUUCGCGAGGCCGGGUUUGCGGUUUCCUAUGCCUACGGUUCCUUAGACCAGACUGCUCGAAAGAUUCAAGUCCAGAACUUCAGAGCGGGUCUUUCAAAUAUCCUGGUUGUUACAGAUGUUGCGGCCAGAGGUAUUGAUAUUCCUAUUCUUGCUAACGUUAUCAACUACGACUUCCCAUCUCAACCAAAGAUCUUUGUUCACCGUGUCGGCCGUACGGCUCGUGCGGGCCGAAAGGGCUGGAGUUACAGCUUGGUCCGGGACGCAGAUGCCCCCUAUAUGCUUGAUUUGCAACUGUUCCUUGGAAGGAGACUUGUCAUUGGCCGUGAGCAUGGUGACCAGGUUAACUUUGCCGAAGAUGUAGUGGUCGGCAGCUUGCCUAGGGAUGGCCUGUCCACAAGCUGUGAAUGGGUUACAAAGGUACUGGAAAAUGAAGCCGACAUCUACAGUCAACGGACCAUUGCUGGAAAGGGAGAGAAGCUCUAUAUGCGAACCCGAAACUCGGCUUCUCUUGAAAGUGCUAAGCGAGCAAAACAGGUUGUAUCUUCCGACAACUGGACAGCCGUACAUCCUCUUUUCAAUGACCAAGGAAGUCAAAUGGAAUUAGAGCGUGAGAAGAUGCUUGCACGGAUUGGAGGCUACCGGCCGCAGGAAACCAUCUUUGAGGUGCACAACCGACGCAACGGCAAGCACGAAGGCGAUGAAGCCAUCGACACUAUUAAGAGAAUCCGGACUACCGUUGAUUACAAGAAGAAGAAACGGGAGAUGGCUGAGAAACAGUCAGACUUUGUGGAGGAUGCAUCCAGCGGAAACAAAGGAGAAGCUAACGAAACUGAGGAGACGGGCGCCCAGCCAGAUGAAGAUGAGGAGGAUAUUGGCGAAGGCGUGCCCGAUAACAUGUCGAUGGCGUCCGAGUCAGAUCUUGAGGUUACCUUCUCCUCGUAUAACGGCGGCAAGGCAAAGAAGGACAGCGCAGCAUCUUUCCAAAACCCCGAAUACUUCAUGUCCUACACCCCCUCCAGUACAAACUUGGCUGAAGACAGGGCGUAUGGUGUGCACACUGGUACCAAUGCCAACUUUACUCAAGCCUCCCGCAGUGCCACAAUGGAUCUGCUUGGUGAUGAGGGUGCUCGCGGGUUCGCCGAACCCCGUACCAUGAUGCGCUGGGACAAGCGGCACAAGAAGUACGUGUCACGCCAGAAUGAUGAAGAUGGUUCCAAGGGAACACAUCUUGUUAAGGGUGAAUCUGGUGCCAAAAUUGCUUCCACCUUCCGUAGCGGACGAUUCGACGCAUGGAGGAAGGGCAAGCGUCUUGGCCGUAUGCCACGUGUGGGUGAGGAAGAGACUCCAGCUCUCGUCCAUGACCUCAAUACUGCUAUGAGGAGACGACGCUUCCAGCACCGGAAGGAACAGGCGCCGAAGGCGGCUGACCGCCUGCGUGGCGACUACGAGAAGAUGAAGAAGAAGGGCGAAGCGGCCAAGCAGCGCCAGCUGUCCAAGGCCGGAGGCGCGGCUGCAGGUGGCAAGAGCGAGCUGAAAUCUACAGAUGAUAUCCGACUGGCAAGGAAGCUGAAGCAGCAGAGGAGAGAGAAGAAUGCUCGGCCGUCGAGGAAGAAAUGA